AUGGUCUCUCUACUUACAGCCCUCCUCCUUGGCGCUGCCGCCGCCGCCACACCUGCAUACGGCCUCUGUGUCACCCGAGACGAAACAUGCAGCGCGGACGCGGCAGUCAUACGCAAGGAGUACGGGCAGUUGACCGACGCCGAGAAGCUCAGCUUCGUUGCGGCCGUCCAGUGCGUCAUGGCCAAGCCCUCAAUCAUGAACGAUGUGGUGCCCGCAACGACCAACAAGUUUGACGACUUUGCGGCCGUUCACGUCAACAACACGCUGGGCAUCCACAUCAAUGGCGUCUUCCUUAGCUGGCACCGGCACUUUGUCUACCUCAUGGAGAAGGAGUUGCAUGAGUGUGGAUUCAACGAAACCUUGGGAAUUCCAUAUUGGAACUGGGCCUUGUAUACGGACCUAGAAACUAGUCCAAUGUUUGAUGGUUCAGAGACAUCGCUUGGCAGCAAUGGUGCUUACGAUCCAGAUUCUGGCGAUGUCUACUCGACACCAGGUGGCACCAUCCUGCCCCAUGGUACCGGUGGCGGUCCCAUAGUAUCUGGCCCGUUUGCCAACCACACAGUCAACUUCCAAAAGAUGCCCUUUGAGCUCGUCUUUAGCGGGCUGCCCGCCAACUGGACGGUCCCUGACCCUCACCUCAUGACGCGCGACCUCAACAAUUAUGGAGUGCAGACGUACUGCAACCAGUCCGACAUUGACUACGUGUUGAGUUCAGAAAACAUCACCAUCUUCCAGUCAGUCAUCAACGGUGAUGACAACAGCCCUGGCAUCCAUGGUGGCGGUCACUACUCGAUUGGAGCAACCGGCUACGACUUCUUUGGAUCGCCCCAAGAUCCCGCGUUCUACCUUCACCACUCCAUGAUCGACAAGAUCUGGACUGAUUGGCAGGCCGUUGAUCCCGUCAAUCGCCGAUACGUCUAUUUUGGCACCAGCACCAUCUUCAACGGCAAUGCCACGGCCAAUGUGGUCAACGACACGGUCAUAGACUAUGGCCGUCUAGGCUCGGCCACUGUCGGAGAGGUGCAAGAUCCUCAGUCAGGACCUUACUGUUAUCAGUACGAGUAA